UAACACUACAUUCAUGGGUUUUCUUACAUGGAUUGACAUUCUUUUCUUAGUCCUGGUAUGUUCACAUGCCACAAAACAAAUUAUCUUUGUAUCCUCUUUUCGGCCAUCAUGUGCUGAUCAUGAAAGAAUGGCGUUAGUGCAAUUUAGGCGGAGUUUCCUUACAAACUGUGCUAUUUCCGAUACUCCAUCUGAAUAUCCAAGGGUGAAAUCAUGGUCAAGUGAGAAAAAUGAGGAUUGCUGUUUGUGGGAUGGAGUCGAGUGCGAGGUAGAAACUGGUUAUGUGACAGGGCUCGACCUAGGUGGCAGCUGUCUUUAUGGAAACUUUCCUCCUAACAGCACUCUCUUCAGUCUUACUCAUCUUAAAAAGCUUAGCCUAGCUUUUAAUGAUUUCAACUAUUCUCACAUCCCUUCUAAAAUCGGGGAAAUUAACAAGCUACAAAGUCUUAACCUCUCGUAUUCAUCAUUUAGUGGCCAAAUACCAUCAGAAAUCUCAAAAUUAUCAGAGCUCCGUGUGCUCGAUCUUUCCAACAAUGGUGAUUCUUUAGCUAAUAGCCAACGUGGCCUGAAACUUCAUGAUCCAAGCCUGGAGAAGUUGCUUCGAAACCUAACUCAUAUUAGUCAACUCUAUCUUGACAUGGUGGACUUGUCUUCUACUGUGCCAAUCACCCUCACAAAACUAUCCUCUUUAAAAGCUAUUUCCCUCCAAAACUGUAACUUGUAUGGUGAACUACCAACAAGUCUUUUCAGAUUGCCACAACUUGAGAUCCUUCAUUUGAGUGGCAACAAAGAUCUUGCAGGAUUCUUGCCUGAAUUUCACUCGAAUAGCCCUCUCAAGGAAUUACAUCUUUAUGGCACAUCAUUUUCAGGAAAAGUGCCACAGUCGAUAGGAAACCUUGCUCAUUUGGAACAACUUGACCUAUGUGGUUGUUAUUUCUCAGGAUCACUUCCAUCUUCUCUUGCUAAUAUGACAACACUCACCGUCUUACUCUUAAGUAACAACAAUUUCAAAGGUGAAGUUUCCUUCUCUAUCACAAAUCUCACAAACCUCGAAUCUUUAGAUUUCUCAAAUCUUGAAAUUAGGCCAAGAGAACUAUUUUCCCAGUUGUCCAAACUAAACAAUAUCAUUUACCUACGCCUUGCUGAGAUGAAACUAGCUACUGAGAUACCGUCGUUUAUUGCAAACUUCACGAAACUUACUUAUUUAGAUCUUGCAGGAUCCCAGAUAAUGGGUCCAUUUCCAAAAUGGUUUGCAAAUCUAACCCAACUAAGGCAAUUGUAUCUCGAGAAUAAUCAGUUAGAGGGUCCAAUACCACAUUGGUUUUCUCAGUUUACUAAUCUUCAAUCUCUAGACUUGUCUUACAACAACUUGUUUGGCAAGUUCGACACCUUUUUCCAGUUAAAAGAUCUUCGUAAUCUAGUUUUAUCUCAUGUCAACCUAACAUUUCCAAAUUCUGGGACCAAUUCAUCUCUUCCAAAGCUCAAACUCUUAGAACUUGCAUACUGCAACCUGACUGAGUUUCCACAGUUCCUGCAGUAUCAAAAUGAGCUACAAUCGCUAUCACUCAGAGGAAAUAACAUCAAGGGUAUUUUGCCACAGUGGUUGGUGAAUAUAACUAAAGAGAGUCUCCUUAUAAUUAAUCUUUCCGGAAAUAAGUUGACAGGUUUUGAACAGGCUACAGUAGUUCUUCCAUGGACUCAUUUGGAAGAAUUUCAUUUCGCGGGUAAUAAGUUACACGGACUACUUCCUUCACCACCAGAUUCUAUGAAGUUCUACGAUGUCUCAAAUAAUAAGUUGACUGGAGUAAUGCCCAAGCAAAUUUGCAAUGCAAGGUCACUAAUUUCCCUUGACUUGUCUGGUAACAACUUGACAGGACAGAUACCAGAUUGCAUAGGUAAUCAGCUAGGUGAAUCUCUACAACUUCUGAAUUUGCGAGGAAAUAAUCUCCAUGGCACCAUUUCCACAAAAUUUACAACAUCCUGCAAACUAAGGAUGAUCAAUUUGAGUCAAAAUCAACUGGGAGGUGAGCUUCCAAGGUCAUUUGCCAACUGCACAAUGCUUGAAGUACUUGAUGUUGGAAGAAAUCAAAUUAAUGAUUCUUUUCCAUCAUGGUUAGGAAGUCUCCCGAAGUUGCAAGUUCUUAUCCUGGGGCAUAAUAAAUUUUACGGAAGAGUACUAUAUCAGAAAUCUGACCUCAGUUUCCGAUUCUUGCGCAUUAUUGACCUAUCCCACAAUCUUCAUACAGGUGGUUUACCCUCUAGGUACUUUCAAAAUUGGCAUGCAAUGAAAGUUUCAAAGGAAGAACAAUCAGGUUCAUACAAUACCUUGAUUACUUUCUAUUUUAAGUUGGGAGUAGACUAUGUUAUUUCUCAACAGAAUUUCGAGUACUCCAUCACCAUAACAAACAAAGGCAGUGAAAUUCUUUAUCCAAAGAUACUUAAAGUGUUUAGGGUCAUUGACUUAUCCAGUAACAACUUCACAGGCAGGAUUCCCGAUGACAUUGGGGAUCUCAAGGGACUACAAGCACUCAACUUGUCCAACAACAAUCUUGAAGGCAGAAUUCCACCCUCUCUAUCCAACAUAACAGACCUUGAAUCACUCGACCUUUCUCUCAACAAACUCUCAGGUGAAAUCCCUCCAUCAUUAUCACAAUUGACCACUCUCGAGGUGUUCAACAUCUCCUAUAAUGAUCAUCUCAUGGGCCCAAUACCACAAGGAAACCAAUUCAAUACUUUCGAUGAUACCUCUUUCCAAGGAAAUCCAGGGUUGUGUGGAAGUCUAAUUUCCCAGAAGUGCGGAAAUGCAGAUAUUAUACAACUGUCACCACCAUCAGUGAAUAGUGACAAGAGCGAUGAUGAGGAUUCUGAACUGAUUGAUUGGAUCAUCAAAUCACUGGGAUGUAUAAGUGGAACCAUAGUUGGGUUUGUUAUUGGGAAAAUUUACAUCACUGACAAGUACCAUGAAUGGUUUAUGGAGACCUUUGGAAGGAGGAGAACAUAAAGAAUCGAAGACACAGAUGAUAAGUCUGGCUCUAUAUGUUAUA